AUGAGAAGCAAGCAACGAUCCUCAAUCAAGAAAAACGAUUCUCAGUCUCAUAUUGAGAUUGUGAACAUUGAAGAUGACAACCCCUUCUUCUCCACAGUCAUUUCUCGUAAAGACACAUCCAAAGCGAUCUCAUCAGAUGAUUCAGAUCAGAGCACAUCCACUCCUUUUCGGACCACUCCUGCAAUCAACUUCAUCGACCUUUGUUAUGACGAUGAAGAUGAUAAUCUUAGGGUUCUUACGUUUCAACCCUCCAACACUCAUUUCAAAAAGCGAAGGAAAACUGAAAACGGGGAAUCUUCCAAAUCCAAUACCAAGAAUGAUUUGCCGUUAUAUUUUGUUUGUGAAAUUUGUGUUGAUGACAAGCCUGCCGGUGAGUCCUUUGGCAUCCAAAAUUGCAGCCAUUCUUAUUGUAAAGACUGCAUAAACAAGUACGUGGCAUCCAAACUUCAAGAGAACAUUACAAGAAUCAAGUGCCCAGUAGCUGAUUGCCAAGGGUCACUAGACCCUGAGUAUUGUCGUCCAAUUCUGCCACUUGAGGUGUAUGAUCGACGGGGAAAUGCUUUGUGUGAGGCUAUGAUUGUUGUGUCUCAAAGAUUUUACUGUCCCUUUAAGGACUGCUCGGCAAUGUUAAUUGAUGAUGAGACCGAGGAGGUUGUCAGGGAAUCAGAGUGCCCUAAUUGUAAUAAAAUGUUCUGUGCGCAAUGCAAAGUUCCUUGGCAUGCCGGAAUCGGCUGCACGGAAAUCCAGAAAUUGAAUGAGGAUGAGAGGGAGAAAGAGGAUAUCAUGCUCCUCAAAAUUGCAGAGAAUAAUCGAUGGUGAAGAUGUCCAAAUUGUAGGAUCUAUGUGGAGAAAUGGAUGGGUUGCGACUCCAUAUAUUGCAGGUCAGUAACGGUGUGGAACUACGUUCUUAUACUCAAAUGGACAAGACGCUUCAAGAAGAUAUAUGACCCCUGGGCAGACCUUACCCUGGGGUGGGGCAGGAGGCAUGGACGUGGUCAGAAUGAGGACGGCCGCUGGGAGAGGUGCCUCCAGGCGGAGCUCACCCUGGAGUGGUGCAGGUGGCAAAGACAUGCUCAGAAAGAGGAAGCCUGGCCGUUAAAAGAAGUGGCUUCAUCAUCUUCUUUUUUUGGAUGA